AUGGCGAAUGAGCCCGGUUCGACGCCAUCCUCCUCCGUCAACGGCGGUAUGACAGUAGACGAAUGCCAUACCAUGAUUCAAAGGAGCCUUAGAACUCCAAUGGUUAAAUUUCUGAAGGAGCACCUGGAGAAAUCUGGAUGUAAUAUUGGAGGCAAUUUCAUCAAGGCAGUUCAUUGUGAUAAGAAAGUCAGUGGCGGCUAUGUUCGCGGUGAAGGGAUAGUAGUGUGCAGUAAUCACUUGAAAAUUCAAGAUGAGGUGAACCAAGUUGUGAUUCAUGAACUCAUUCAUGCAUAUGAUGAAUGUCGUGCUGCGAAUUUAGACUGGUCUGAUUGUGCUCAUCAUGCUUGCAGUGAGAUUCGAGCUGGCCAUCUUAGUGGUGAUUGCCAUUAUAAAAGGGAAUUACUGCGCGGUUUUGUGAAGAUACGAGGUCAUGAACAAGACUGUGUGAGGCGAAGAGUGAUGAAAUCCGUAACUGCCAACCCAUACUGCUCAGAAUCGGCUGCGAAGGAUGCUAUGGAAGCUGUUUGGGAUGUUUGUUACAAUGAUACUAAACCCUUUGAUAGAGCUCCUUGA